AUGGCUGGUCUCAAAAUUACCCUCGACAACUGCGUCUCAAUCGAAUCCGAAAUGCCUGAUGCCAACUGGAUUAUCGAGCGGAUGCCUUCCAAGCGUGUCAUUUCGUGUCUGGUUGCGUUGUCUGACGUCACCUACAUAAUCCUUAAGUUCAGCCAUGUAACGGAUCUAAAUCAUAAUGCAGUCCCAUAUCACCCGGACAAGCCUCCCGACAACCGAAUAGCAGUGAUGGCUAACACAACAGUCAAUCAAGGCAACACGGGUGCUUGA